AUGCACUUGGUCAGACAAGCACACUUCGUGUUUGCUGAGGCUUCUCCGAGGCUAAGUGGCCAUGUGAGCAGCCAGAGCUUUGUCCGUCCUUUAGCUGUCCGUGAAGAUCUGCAGAGGAACUCAGAAGAAUACAACCCAAGCUCUUUCUCAGCAGUUCGAGUCUUCGUCAAUGCAGCCGCGUCCUCUGUCACUCAGUCCACCUCUCCUCACUCUCCGUGCUCAUCUUGCUACCUGGGGAGCUUUGCCCCCAAGUGGUCCUUCUCCAUCUCCUAUUCCAAGAGUUUUUACAUUUUCCAGAGGAGCCCGAGGAAGAAGUGUGUGGCCAGAUCAGAACUUGCAACUAUAAAGAAGAUGAGUGACCAACAAAAAAACAACCCAUGCUGCCCACCAAGCCCUCCAUGCUGCCCACCAAAACCAUGCUGUCCACAGACACCUCCUUCCUGCCCCAAGUCCCCAUGCUGCCCCAAAGCCCCGUGCUGCCCCAAAUCUCCAUGCUCCCCGCAAAAGUGCACAUGCUGCCUACAGAAAUCCCCAUGCUGCCCGAAGAAAUGUUCGUGCUGCCCCCCAAAUCCUCCGUGCUACAUUCAAACCAACUGUUGCCCUGUGAAGAACAAGCCUGAGUCAGACUCUAAUUCCUCAGGCCAAACUCAGGAGAAGAGCUCUCAAACCCAGCAGCCGCAGAGCACACAAAGCGGAGCCUGGUCAGCCUCUUGGGGCCAGAAGAAAAGCCAAUAG